GCUGAUCACAUGUAAACACGGAAAUGCCGGUUAUCGGCAUUUCUUUCGUCUCGAGCUGUCACGCUGACAGCUCACUGAUCAUCAGGUCACUGAUGAUCAGUGUGCCCUGAUAUUCAGUGUGGCCCCAAAAGUGCCACCUGUCAGUGUCCAUCAGUGCCAGUGCCCAUCAGUGUCAGCAGUCAGUGCUCAUCAGUGCCAUGUGCCAGUGCCCAUCAGUGCCACAUCAAUGCCACAUAUCAGUGCAUACCAGUGCACAUCAAUGCCACAUAUCAGUGCCCAUCUGAGCUGCCUUUCAAUGUCACCUAUCAGUGCCAGUCAGUGCCACCUAUCAAUGCCAAUCAUUGCCACCUAUCAGUGCCAGUCAGUGCCGCCUAUCAGUGCCCAUCAGUGCUGCUUAUCAGUGCCAGUCAGUGCCUCCUAUCAGUGCCAUAUAUCAGUGCCAUGUAUCAGUGCUGCCUUUCAG